GGGCGUGCCGACGCCACGUCCUGUCAAGAUGGUGCUGGUAGAGCACGUUGUGGCGGACGCCGGCGCCUUCCUGCGAGACGCGGCGCUGCAGGACUUCGGGAAAACCAUCUACACCAUCCGGGAGGUGGUGACCGAGAUCCGCGACAAGGCGACCCGGCGGCGCCUCGCCGUCCUGCCCUACGAGCUGCACUUCAAGGAGCCCUGCCCGGAGUACGUGAGGCUGGUGACCGAAUUUUCCAAGAAGACUGGUGAUUACCCCAGCCUCUCAGCCACAGAUAUCCAGGUGUUGGCCUUGACUUACCAAUUGGAGGCAGAGCUUGUGGGGGUGGCUCACCUGAAGAAAGAGCCAGAACCAAAGGUUAAAGUGAGCUCAUCAGUGCUACAUCCAGAAAAUCCUCUACAUGUUCCUGGUUUUCACCUGCCUUCCAAGCCCAGACUUCCAGAGGAAACAGUAUGUCAUGUGCCUCCUGCUGCUGAGCCUGCUGAGAACGUAGAGUAUAAUUCCUUUCUGUUCUGGAGAAACCCUUUGCCCAGUAUUGAUGUCGAUCUUCAGGAGUUGACGGCUGGAGAAGAUCAGAGUGUCCUAAAUGAGAAAGAAGAGGAUGGAAGAGGAAAUAAGAGUGAAGAUAGUGCUGAGGAGGAUGAGGAGGAUGGAGGAUGGAUAACACCCAGCAAUAUUAAACAAGUCCAGCAAGAACUGGGGCAGUAUGAUAGUCCUGAUGAUGUCCAGGUUGGCUGUGUAACCACAGACUUUGCCAUGCAGAAUGUUCUGCUCCAGAUGGGGCUCCAUGUGCUUGCGGUGAAUGGGAUGCUCAUCCGGGAGGCCAGAAGCUACAUACUGCGUUGUCAUGGCUGCUUCAAGACCACCUCCGACAUGACCAGGGUCUUCUGUGCACAUUGUGGAAAUAGAACACUGAAAAAAGUGGCUGUGACGGUCAAUGAUGAUGGCAGCCUUCACAUGCACUUCUCUCGAAACCCCAAGGUGCUGAAUGCACGCGGCCUUCGGUAUUCCCUUCCUGCUCCCAAAGGAGGGAAGCAUGCCAAUAACCCCCACCUGACGGAGGACCAGCGAUUCCCACAGCAGCGACUGUCAAGAAAGGCAAGGCAGAAAACCAAUGUGUUUGAUCCUGAUUACAUAGCGGGGGUGUCUCCUUUUGUAGAGAAUGAUAUCUACAGCCGGGCAGCCAUGCUCCAGAUCAGAGACAGUGCUCUGGGUGCUGGAAGGAGGCGGCUGAACCCCAAUGCUUCAACAAAGAAAUUUGUGAAAAAGAGGUGAAGAGAAUAUGGGGAGCCCCAUGGACAAGGCUGAGCAGCUGCCACCGGAGCAACCUUUCUCAGCAGUUUUCAGAAGCCUUUGGAAGGCAGGAAUGGGUCAGGAGCUUAUGUUUGAAUGUAGCCUUGAGGAUAGUUCUACAAUGACUUGGCAGCUGGGAUGGAACUGAAUAUUGGCUUUAUCUCCAGUGAAUUCUGGACCACACCUUGGCCUGUCGGGCUGACCUGACUCCCUACCACUUUCAAUGGAAUUUGGAAAGAAUAGUGCCUCUCUAUUCUCAUGUACCUUGAAAGGGGCAAUACCUGUCUCCUCGUAUUUUUCUAAUAAAUGCGCUGUUCACAUGCUUUA